AUGGCUAAAUUGAAACAUCCCAUCAGUUGCAAGGCUUUUACAAAGCCACCAAAUGAUCAAAAACCGCCACCAUUCACAGGAGGGUUUGUUCCAAACAAGCCAACCCAGAACAAGGUCUAUUCAUUCGAUCUGACCAAGGUAGAUGCCUUGUUUGAUGAGAUGUUGCUGCAGAAAGCGAUAGAGACACCCCACAAGUUGCCCAAACUAAAAGAACUCAAGGGCAGGCAGUAUUGCAGGUGGCACAACUCUUGGAACCAUUCCAGCAAUAGUUGUGUUGUUUUCAGGGAUGUCAUACAGGAAGGAAAAACAGCAGGAAGGUUGAAACUGGUGGAAAAACCUCCAUCAGUUACAACAAAUCUUUUUCCCUAG